AUGGACAAAGAAGAAUACAAUAGCGACGAGGCUCAGCUGGCCCAGCUGGGCCAUAAGUCGGAGCUGAAGCGAAAUUACUCGCUGAUUUCAAUGCUGGGCCUUGCUUUUGCCAUUCUAAAUUCAUGGACUGCUUUAUCGGCAAGUUUGUCUCUCAGUUUACCCUCGGGAGGAAGCACUAGUAUUGUCUGGGGUCUUAUUACAGCCGGAAUCUGUAAUUUGUGCAUGGCCACUUCCCUAGCCGAGUUUCUUUCUGCAUACCCCACUGCCGGAGGCCAAUAUCACUGGGUCGCUGUGACUUCGUGGAAAAAAUGGAUGCCAAUUCUCUCCUGGAUCACUGGCUGGAUCAACUGCUCUGGCUGGGUUGCGCUGGUCGCAACUGCUGGUCUUUUGGGCAGUCAGCUUAUUCUGGGUGUGAUCUCUCUCAUGAACCCGAGCUAUAACCCCCAGCGCUGGCACCAAUUCCUAAUCUACAUCGGCUACAAUAUCGUUGCCUUCCUCGUCAAUGCCUUUAUGAACAACAUUAUGCCCUAUGUCACCAAGGCAGCUUUCAUCUGGUCUUUGUCAGGAUUUGCCAUCAUUUGCAUUACUGUACUUUCAUGUGCCUCGCCUAACUAUAAUUCCGGAGAAUUUGUCUUCACCGACUUCAUCAACGAAACAGGCUGGCCUGAUGGAAUUGCGUGGUUGCUUGGGCUUCUGCAAGGUGGUCUUGGUGUUACCGGCUUUGACGGUGUCGCCCACAUGAUUGAAGAAAUCCCCAAUCCCUCGGUUGAGGGGCCCAAGAUCAUGAUUGCUUGUGUCGUGAUCGGUACCGUUACUGGAGCCAUCUUCCUUAUUGUGCUGCUCUUUGUGGCUGGCGAUAUCAACGAAGUUAUUGAUUCUGCUGCAACCCCGCUGCUUGCAAUCUUGAAGAAUGCCACUUCGAGCAACGCAGGCGCUAUCUGUCUCUUGAUCUUCCCCCUAGUCUGCGCUUUAUUCGCUGCAAUCGCUAUUAUGACUACUAGCAGUCGUAUGGUCUACGCCUUCGCGCGUGAUGGCGGUCUCCCUGCGUCUCCCUUCUUCUCUCGUGUUCACCCCAAACUAAACGUCCCAUUGAACUCAUUAUAUCUCAAUCUGGCUCUCGUGGUCAUAUUCGGUUGUAUCUUCUUGGGCUCAUCCAGUGCUUUCAAUGCUAUUGUCUCAGCGUCAGUGGUGUUGCUCGGCCUUUCAUAUGGAAUGCCAAUUGCAGUGAACUGCUGCCGAGGAAGAAAAAUGCUACCGGAGCGCUCAUUCGUCCUGCCAGAAAUUGUUGGCUGGACCAUCAACAUCAUCUCGCUGGCGUACAUUCUUCUGACUACUAUCCUCUUCCUCUUCCCCCCUGAGCUGCCUGCCACUGGUAGCAACAUGAAUUAUUGUGUUGCGGCAUUUGGUAUUGUCUUUAUUAUCUCUUUCAUUCAGUGGAUGGUAGAUGGACGCAAGAAUUUCGUCGGUCCCCGUCUUGAAAUGGAAGUCUUCCAAGGAGAGGUUGCUGCUCAGCCGGAGCAGCCGAUUCCAAUGGUUGAACAUCAUAAGGCGUAA